AGUUAUUUCGUUUUGUAUGUGUGCUUCUGCUUUGACGUUUAUUAUUAUUCACUUUCUAGGAUAAGUGUAAUGUUUUGUCGGCUUUUAUUCCGACGUUGUAUAAACGAAACAAACGACGUGCUAACGAUAUUCAGGACGUCAUCGUGUCGGCGUUAUUCAACAGAGACUAGUCUCCCAACCACUUGUCCUGGAGCAAACUAUAAAAAGGAUGGGGAAGAGGUUGUCUUAAAAGCCGACUGCGAGUACCCUGAUUGGUUGUGGAAGUUGGGUGGUCCGAAAAAAGACUUUAAGGACAUGUCACCGGAGCAGGACGGCAAGUCGUAUUACAGACGGUUGAGAAAAAUGACGAUACGUCACCAAAAUCUAGUGCGGAAGCAGAGAAAGUUUUAGCAGUGAUGUUUUGUAGUUGUACAUGGUUGCUAUAUUUAUAUUCUACGAAAAUGUCUUUUUAUAAUAAUUU